AUGGCCAGAGCCGAGUGUCCACCGUGUGCCCUCUGGCUUCUGGAGUGGACACUGUUGCUUCUGGGACCCGGGGCUGCCCCUGUGACCUGGGCCUUGAACCUGGACCCAAUGCAGCUCACCUUCUACACAGGCCCCAAUGGCAGCCACUUUGGGUUUUCGCUGGACUUCCACAAGGACAGCCAUGGGAGAACCACCUCUGGCAACAUCUGGACAGGCGUUCUAGGGAGCCCGCGAGCCCCCGAUGGGGGCUUCGGGGGGUCUUUUCCGCAAGGAUCUCCAGCCCCUCCGUGUCCGGACCAGACACACGGCCGCAGCCCGGCGUCCGCGCGCCACCCGUCAGGGGGCUCUGCGCGCGUGGUCUCGCCCGCCGAGCGCCAGUGCGGAGACAAGCGCUACUGCGAAGCCGGCUUCAGCGCGGCGGUCACCCAGGCGGGGGAGCUGGUGCUUGGGGCUCCUGGCGGCUAUUUCUUCUUAGGUCUCCUGGCCCGGGCUCGCAUCGCCGACAUCUUCUCGGCUUACCGCCCCGGCACCCUCCUGUGGCACGUGUCCAGCCAACGCUUCACCUUCGACUCCAGCAACCCAGAGUACUUUGACAGCUACCGGGGUUACUCGGUGGCCGUGGGCGAGUUCGACGGGGAUCUCAGCACCACAGAGUAUGUCUUAGGCGCCCCUACUUGGAGCUGGACCCUGGGAGCGGUAGAAAUCUUGGACUCCUAUUACCAGACACUGCACCGGCUUCAUGGAGAACAGAUGGCUUCCUAUUUCGGGCACUCCGUGGCCGUCACUGACGUCAACGGAGAUGGGAGACACGACCUGUUGGUGGGUGCCCCACUGUACAUGGAGAGCCGGGCUGACCGCAAGCUGGCCGAAGUUGGUCGGGUGUACCUGUUCCUGCAGCCCCGAGGCCCCCACGCGCUAGGCGCCCCCAGACUCCUGCUGACCGGGACGCAGCUCUACGGGCGGUUUGGCUCUGCCAUCGCACCCCUGGGCGACCUCAACCAGGAUGGCUACAAUGAUGUGGCAGUGGCCGCUCCCUACGGGGGUCCCCAGGGGCGAGGCCAGGUGCUGGUGUUCCUGGGCCAGAGCGAGGGGCUGAGCUCACGCCCCUCCCAGGUCCUGGACAGUCCCCUCCCCGGGAUCUCUGGCUUUGGCUUCUCCCUGCGAGGGGCCGUAGACGUUGACGACAACGGAUACCCAGACCUGCUGGUUGGGGCUUAUGGCGCCAACACAGUGGCUGUGUACAGAGCUCAGCCAGUGGUGAGGGCCUCUGUCCAGCUGCUGGUGCAGGACUCACUGAAUCCUGCAGUGAAGAACUGUGUCCUGCCCCAGACCAAGGCACCUGUGAGCUGCUUCAACAUCCAGAUGUGUGUGGGGGCCACCGGGCACAACAUUCCGCAGAAGCUGCACCUCAAUGCCAAGCUGCAGCUGGACUGGCAGAAGCCCCGCCAGGGCCGGCGGGUGCUCCUGCUGGACUCCCAGCAGGCAGCCACCACCCUGACCCUGGACCUGGGCGGGAGGCACAGCCCCCUCUGCCACACCUCCACGGCCUUCCUCCGAGACGAGGCCGACUUCCGGGACAAGCUGAGCCCCAUCAUCCUCAGCCUCAACGUGUCCCUGCCACCCCAGGAGGCCGAGGCCGCCCCUGCUGUCGUGCUGCACGGAGACACCCAUGUCCAGGAGCAGACCCGCAUUGUCCUGGACUGCGGGGAGGACGAUGUGUGUGUGCCCCAGCUUCAGCUUGCCGCCAGCGUGACCGGCGCCCCUCUCCUGGUGGGGGCGGACAACGUGCUGGAACUGCAAGUGCUUGCAGCCAACGAGGGAGAGGGGGCCUACGAGGCAGAGCUGGCCACCCGUCUGCCCCCAGGCGCCCACUACAUGCGGGCCCUCAGCGACAUCCAGGGCUUCGAGAGGCUCAUCUGUAACCAGAAGAAGGAGAAUGAGACCAAGGUGGUGCUGUGCGAGCUGGGCAACCCCAUGAAAAAGCAUGCCCGGCUGGACCGGAGGCUGCCCAGCCCCAGCCCCUCACCCUCCCACCCGGCCCACCACAAGCGGGAGCGCAGACACGCCAUACCGCCGGGGCCCAAGCAGCCCUCCCGUCUGCGGGAUCCGGUCCUGGUGGUGAGCAGGCUCUGGGGUCUCCAGCCGGGCAGGGGAGGGGCCACAGGUGAGGCGGGCCUCUGCAGGCCAUCUCGGUCCCAGGAGCCUCCCAGGUGGGCAUGGAAGAGGUGUCUGGGGGCACUUUGGGAGAGGCCCCUGGACCAGUUCGUGCUGCAGUCCAACGCGUGGUUCAACGUGUCUUCCCUCCCCUACGCGGUGCCUGUGCUCAGCCUGCCCAGCGGGGAGGCCCUGGUGCAGACGCAGCUGCUCCGGGUGUUGGAGGAGAGGCCCGUCCCCAUCUGGUGGGUGCUGGUGGGCGCGCUGAGUGGCCUGCUGCUGCUCACGCUCCUGGUCCUGGCCAUGUGGAAGGUGGGCUUCUUCAAGCGGAACCGGCCACCCCUGGAAGAGGAUGAAGAGGAGGAGGAGGAGUGAUGGCGCCCCCGCGAGGCUCCAUCAGGAAGGGGUGUUGAGGCCUGCUUGGCCCCUUCUCACAGGAGCUGCCCUGAGUUCUGACCCGGCAGGUGGGAGCUGCUCCGUGGGCCUCCUGGUGGCCGUCCACCCCAGCAGGGUUGGGCCACCCCCUUCUUGCUACUCAAUAAAGAGGUUGAGCCCCGA